CAGCUGCACAUUUCCCUUUGGAUCAUCAUUCCUUGGUGAUCAAGCCUCUCAAUUCUUCAUUACUUUUCAAAUUAUUCUCCGAUUUCUAUACGUAAAUUGAUCGGUUUUCGGAAAAACCGUGGCUUUGAAAACAUGGUUAUGGCUAAAGAGGGUUUAUCUGACCAGAGGUUGCCGCCGGGGUUUAGGUUCCACCCGACGGACGAGGAGCUGGUCCUGUAUUACUUGAAGAGGAAGAUCUGCCGGCGGCGAAUUCUCACCGAUGUUAUCGGCGAAACUGACGUCUACAAGUGGGAUCCGGAUGAUUUGCCUGAGCUAUCUAAGUUGAAGACUGGGGACCGACAAUGGUUCUUCUUUAGCCCCAGAGAUCGAAAAUAUCCGAAUAGUGGCAGAACAAACAGAGCAACCAAACAUGGCUACUGGAAGGCAACUGGAAAGGACCGUACUAUUACAUGUAAUUCUCGUGAUGUUGGUGUUAAGAAAACCCUAGUCUUCUAUAAAGGACGUGCACCUACUGGGGAACGAACUGAUUGGGUGAUGCAUGAGUAUACUAUGGAUGAAAUGGAAUUGUCAAGAUGCCAAUCUGCACAGGAUUAUUAUGCACUGUACAAGGUGUUUAAGAAGAGUGGACCUGGGCCCAAAAAUGGGGAGCAAUAUGGUGCACCGUUUAAUGAAGAGGAUUGGGCUGAUGAUGAAUGCGUUGGAACUAAUCUACAUGUUGAGCAGGAAAAAUCUGGGAAGAAUGUAAGUGAUGUUGGGCUUAUUGAUGAUCCAAAACCUAAUGAUGUGUUGCCUCCCCCGAUAGAUGGUCUUGAGGAAUUCCUGAAGCAUAUUGCAGAUGAACCUUCACUUACAGAAUUGCUUCCCGUUGAUAAUAGUUAUGUGGACAAGCUGGUUGGUAACGAGGAUACUGCAAGUGUUCUGCUGGAUCACGCUGCAGGGGAGGUUUAUUUGCCAGUGCAAACUGCUACUCUUUUUUCUGUCCCACCACUGCAUAAUGAGCAAGACAACUUCGAUUCGAUACAUUCAGGGACAUUGCAGCCACAAUUUCAUGAAGCAACUGAGGUCGCAUCUGCUCCUGUAAGUGAAAGGAACCCUAAAGUAGUGGAAGAGGACUUCCUUGAAGAUUUUCUGGAGAUGAAUGACCUUGAUGGUCCAGAACUCAGUGUUAACCAGAACUUUGAUAAGCCAGCGGAGAACCUGGGGAGCCAGCAGUUCGUUGAUUUUGAUGAUGGACUGAAUGAAUUCGAGCUCUACCAAGAUGCAGCUAUGUUCCUUCAUGAUAUGGGGGCUAUUGGAGUGGGUCAAGGUGCUGAACAAGCUGCAAAUCAUGUGGCAAAUGGCAUUAUAAACCCACUCUCUACUGAUUUUGGUGAUCAAAUGAUUAACAACCAGCAGUCGUAUUUGAAUGAGGGUAAUGAAUUCAACCACCAGUUAUGGAGCCAUGAUCUAAGGUGUAGCACAGUGAACCCGACUGAAGCAAGUCAGAAUGCCAACCUUCCAUUGACUUCAGGUGUGGUUUAUGGUAAUCAUUUGGAGAAUCAUCCUGUGGGAGCGAAUUUGAAUCAGAAUAAUAUACAGGAUGAUGCUACAAAUUCAAGCUUCUCUUCCGCUCUAUGGGCCUUUAUGGAAUCUAUACCAGCCACUCCUGCUUCAGCUGCAGAAAGUGUUCUGGUGAACAAGGCCUUUGAGCGAAUGUCUAGCUUCAGAAGACUAAGAUUAAAUGCCCGAAACGUUAAAGUUGCUUCAGGUAAUACCUCUGCAACUUCAAGGCGUUCCGGCAAGUCUAAAAAUGGAUUAUAUAGAUUAAUUUGUUUUUCUUUACUUGGAGUGUCGUGUGCUAUCUUAUGGAUUUUCAUAGGAGCCUCAUAGUUGCAGGGAGAAACUCUUGCCUUUACUUUGGCAUCUUAAUGAAAUCAAGGGAAAUCAAUAUAGUUUACAAAUAAAAUCUCA